AUGUGUGGUAUUUGUUGCGUUGUUACCUUGUGUAGCCAGCACGCUAUUCAUGAUUUCUUUAACGAAGACAUACUCUGCCGUCUUAGAAGAAGAGGACCAGACAGUAGCCAACAGUUGAUAAAAACUCUGUCUGAUCUCUCUUAUGAGUGUCUGUUUUCUGGCCAUGUACUUCACUUGAGGGGACUGGUGACUCCUCAGCCUCUGGAAGAUGCCAAUAACAAUAUUUUUCUUUGGAAUGGAGAAAUUUUCAAUGGAGUGCAUGUAGGAGAUCUAGAGAACGACACUGAAGUAGUGUUUCAUCAUCUUGCAUUAUGCAAUACUGAGGCGGACUUUUUGUCACUCUUUUCAUCACUUCGGGGUCCAUGGUCUUUUAUUUAUUAUCAAGCAUCUAGACACAGCUUAUGGUUUGGUAGAGAUUAUUUUGGUCGUCGUAGUUUGCUUUGGCAAUUCAGUAAUGAGGUUGACAGUGCUUUCUGUCUCGCAUCUGUAAGUGUUUAUUCCGAAUCAGGUAACCAAUGGCAAGAAGUCCCAGCAUCUGGCAUUUUCAAAAUUGAUCUCAAAGCUUGGGCAACAACUAGAUCUUUGUCUUUAACAUUGUUUCCAUGGAAGUACAGCUGCACAGAGAAAGCAGUAGAAGAAAUAUUCAGUAAUGUUCUGGACCAAAUUUCAAAAGACUUACCGAACCACAUACAUCUUGUGAUGAGUGAAUCAAAACUAUGUCUCAGAGCACCAGUUAUCCCCUUAAAUAAAACAAUUUCUGAAGCUUCAGGUGAAUGUCCAGGCACUAAUAUUAGCAACAUUAUCCAUAUGGUUUCUGUAGAAACCCUUCAAGGAUUUCUUGCAGAGGAACACAAGAAAAAAUUAGUCCAUCAAUUUACGGAUGUUUUAAAUGAAGCGGUGAAGAGACGGGUUUUAUCUCUCUUCAGAGAUGAAGAUCAGAAAACAAGAGAAGUUCCAGGCAUGCCUAAUAGGAAAGCACAUGUUGCAGUGCUCUUUUCUGGUGGCAUUGAUUCUAUGGUUAUUGCAGCCCUUGCUGAUAAACACGUGCCUUUGGAGGAACCAAUUGAUCUUCUCAAUGUAGCCUUCAUGAUAAAAGAACAAGCUAAGCAGAAGGGUACCCCUAAAAAAUGUACCAACCAGGAAGUGCAGCUUGAUUUGCUUCGUUGUCAAGAUCUUGAUGCUAAAACUGGUGCUCAUUUGUCUUGCUUUGAUGUUCCUGACAGAAUCACUGGUAGGGCAGGACUGAAAGAAUUAGAAGCCAUUAACCCUUCAAGAACCUGGAACUUUGUGGAAAUUAAUGUUACACUAGAGGAAUUGAAAAAAAUGAGACAACAAUGCAUUAAUCACUUAAUUUAUCCACUGGAUACAGUCUUGGAUGACAGCAUUGGCUGUGCAAUUUGGUUUGCUUCCAGAGGGGAGGGUUUUAUUAGUAACCAAGGAGAACUGAAACCAUACAAAAGUCCUGCAAAGGUUGUGCUUACAGGAAUUGGAGCAGAUGAACAGCUUGCUGGAUAUUCUCGACAUCGUGUUUGCUUCAAAAAAUAUGGCUUAGAGGGUCUGAAUAAAGAACUUGAAAUGGAGUUAGAUCGCAUUUCUUCUAGAAAUCUUGGUAGAGAUGACAGGAUUAUUGGUGAUCACGGGAAAGAAGCCAGGUUUCCUUUUCUUGAUGAAGAUGUUGUUUCAUUCCUCAAUUCUCUGCCCAUCUCAGAAAAAGCUGACUUGACUUUACCUCGAGGAGUUGGUGAGAAAUUGAUUCUGCGCCUUGCAGCCAAGGAGUUUGGCCUUACAGCCUCAACCAUUUUGCCAAAAAGGGCUGUGCAGUUUGGAUCUCGGAUUGCAAAACUAGAGAGCAACAGUGAAAAAGCAUCUGAUGCAUGCAGCAGACUGAAGUUAUUUUCAGUAGAUAAAUUAUAAUGCUACAUCUUGAGAUGUGGCAUUUAUUCUGUAUGCAAGUUCAGUAAAUCUUUGGAGUUUUCUUAGAAUGUUUGGUCUGUUUUU